CUCGCGUCAGGAACGCCCGCGUCUGUCCCGACCCUCGGUAUUUCUCCGUAAAUUUUUAAUAUCGAUGUUUGAACGCGCCUUCUCGACACAAUAAAACACUUAUUCGAUAAAUUGCCUGUAUAGUAUGUUUUUUAUUAACGAGUGAAGGUUUCUACAUGUACAUGGAUCAUAGUGUGAGUGCGUUUUAACGCUGUGUCUUUAAGUUUUGAAGUAUAUGGUAGAGAUUUCUAGGCGGGCGUACUGAAACUUAUUCAUCAGGGAGAAGCGGCAUGGCAUGAGCGGCCGCGUGGGCGCGACAUGCGGCGAGCGCCGCUCGCGCUGCCCGCCGCCGUCGCUCUUGCGCUAUCCUUACUUCUGCGCUUCGUGGAUGCUGGUUCGAUGGGUCCGGGUGUGCCCGAAAAUAUAACGGUUACAUUUUUGAACCCGACCACGGUACGCGUCUCUUGGUCAACGACGGCGGAUCUCGUGGAAAAGUAUGACGUCACGUACAAGCCUUCAGACGCAAGUUACAGAGUGGUGUUGGAAGUGGCUGGCAAUUCAGACGCAGUCAUUCUAAGUGGGCUGGAGGCAGAUACGCAAUAUCAGGUUACAGUCGCUGCCCUUUGGGGUGGCCACAAGUACAGAAGCAGGCCUAUUGUCUUCCGCACGCUGGAGCCUCCGCGGACGUCGCCUCAGCAGGAUGGGGGGUUGGGAACACCCCGCUCCUCAGUGUCACCGCCUGACCCGUCACCCACAUUUCCAACGAUACGAGGUGUAGAGAUCGGCAUCGUAGUAUUAGUGCUUAUCGUAUGGAUAGGUGCUAUCGUACUAUUUUUCAAUCGAUGGGGGAAAAUCCGUAUGUUACUCCCGUAUCAGCCGGAUUACAAACAGGAACAGUUAAAGGUGCCAGGAAGCAGCGCUUUAGCUGCUGCAACAGCUGGAGGCACUUGUGGAGCUCACUCGGCACCUUCAGCGUGUUCGCACAUGCGCUGGUCCCACACACACACACAAAGCCUGGAGUGUGAGGAGCGCUUAUUAGCGCGGUGUAAUCGUCCGCGCGUCAACUCCGCUAUCUUCGUAUCCGCCGAGCCCACAAGCUUCGCCGGCUUUGAUCCAGGGGAAUUCCUCAGGCGACACGGGUCACAAUCGAAAUUGUGCCGUAAAGCAAGAUCUGCAGAUAACAUACCGCUCACAACGAUGAGCGAUUCAUCAGAACGACUUUGUAAAGUCAAGGCACCGCGGGAAGAAACCAUCAAUGAAGAAGCAAAAUCAGAUGACAGUGGUAGUGUUGAUACGGUAAAGCACUUCGGCUUACCGAUCCUGUCGGUAUCGGGCCCUUCCCCCCCAGAUGAGGACUACGAUCAAAUAGAUGAGUAUCUGUAGCAUUUCCAUACCAGUUUCCAGCUGAAAUACGUGCUGGAAAAGAUGAGGCCGCCUUGGCCGAGUCCCGCACAAAGUCCUUAAGAGAAAGGACGGACUUUAGCAUCGUUUUCGCAUUGGACUUCAUGAACAAAAUCGUGUUUCUCUUUGAGUGUGUGCUGUGCUAAUUUAAUUUCAUAUUGUGUGAUUAAUGAACUAUGUUUGAACAUCGCUGCUCCACAACGAAUUUUGAAGACUUUUCCUGAGGUCACAUGUAAGCAUGAUGUGUGUCGCGACCUAAAGUGUGUCUUGAUGAGGGACCAUAGACGAUGGGCGUUUUGUCAUCUAUUCUAAUAGUUUUACUAUAGGCCAUAAUAACCAUAUCUCUAUUGAGUGUAUACAUAAAUUAAUCAGUAAUCUAAUUCUUAUUGCAACUUAUAUCUAUUAAGAUCUGCACAAUAAAUUAUCGAUCUGUCAACAUUUUAACUGUGCCACUUUUAAUAAUACAAUCUAUAAAUAAAUAAAAAAUGUCUAUAAUGGUAUUUUCAUAAGCAAUUUUCGUGUUAGUAUAAAUUAGGUAGUGCAUUGCUAUGUAAUAAAGUAUCUUCAAUGUUUCGUCUUGUAUUUUAGUUUUAGUGCAUUUCAAUAGAAAUGAAUAAUUAUCUUGUCGAUUGUCUAUAGAUGUAAACUGCAUUUGUCUUGAAGACUAAAUAUAUCUCUUUAGUGAAUAUUAGCGUAGAUUUGAAGGUUGAACUUUGGUCCAAUGAAUUGUAUUAUCUGCACUCAUGAUGUUCUAGAUAAAUAAGCGAGUGAUGACGUCUAUAAGAUAACAUCCGAUUGUAAUUAAUCUUCGGUGGGUUCAUUCAUCUAUAUUGAAUAGUCAUAAAUGGAUGUUUACGAAUAAACUAUCUAAAUAAAUAAUAAAAUUUAAUUAUUACAAACUGUAUCUUAAAUGUAAUUAUUCUAUUAACGAUAAGUCAAUUAAUUCAUAUAUUGUAGAUAAAGAAAGUAUUUGAGAGAUGGCACUAAAUAAGUAUACUUGAAAAUUACACUAUAUGUAUUCUUAUAAGAUUCUCAACUGGUGUUAAGGGACCACAUGGUAUGGUUAGCGGAUUAGAGGUAAUUGUAGCUUUGUGGGACAUUUUGCCCCGAUACCAGUUUUGAAGCUAAGACGACGUUAUUCCCUCCACUAUUUAUAGUUCACCGUUCUCUGGUUUCGAUGUCAUUCAAAAAGUCCAGUAUAUACAUGUAUGUACAUUUAUAUAUUACUGUGUAUCUUAAAACCAUUUUAUCAUAAGCUUUGAUAAAUUUUCUUCCUCUUCUCCUUCAGUGAUAGUAUUUAAAGGGACGAUUUAAUAUUAAAAAUUUGAUAAAGACGCUGAUACGUUUAUUGUCUUCGUUCAAUAGCUGAACUUAUUAAAUAGUGUAUUUUUUUUAAAUUAUGCCGUCGGUACGUAUUUUAAUUUAAUAGAAGCGUGAUUUUUGUUACUGUUAAGUUACUGCUUCAUAAUUUGGAAAUUAUCUUCAAACUUGGUAUUAUUUUCUGCAAUCUGAUUUAACAUCCAAUUAUAAUACAGCAAAGCAAUUGCGUAAUAUUAUAUGUCAAACACACGUACAAAUACAAAUUAUUAUCAGCCAAAUGCGUUUUCGAACAAAUAUUCUGUUUCAUAUUAUUAUUAGUGCGAGUAAAACGACACUUGCGUUUCGUUUGUAAAGCGAUAUUGAAUCACAAACGAAAAACAUUUCCACGUGUGUAUAUUAAGGCCUCGUUCAGACUACAGACUAAGCAAU